AUGUAUUACGACGAAUUUGCUGUAAAAGAGAAUUUAUCUCUUCCAUCUCUAUUAGAAGUACUUUCCGAUGUACUUUAUCGAUAUUCAAAACAUGAUCCAUCUCUUCAACAACCUUUACGUUCGAUUUUAUCAAUUAAUGGUCAACAAAAUGCACUUUUAAAUUUACCAUGUAUUGAUAUUCAUCUUGGUUAUAUGUGUGUAAAAACAAUAACAAGCUUUCCUGAAAGUUCACCAGCAAUUGAUGGUGCUGUAUCAUUAUUUAAUUCAAAUAAUGGUCGUUUACUUCUGAUAGCUGAUGCAAAAGAAAUAACUGCACGACGUACAGCAACUGCUUCAUUUCUUGCUACUCAAUUAUUAGCAUUUAAAAAAUGGAAAAAUGAACAAAAAGAAAAUGCAAUAUUAACUAUUCUUGGUUGUAGUGUUCAAGGACGAGCUCAUCUUGAUGUUUUUACUCAAUUAUUCAAAUGGAAUAAAAUUUAUUUAUGGAGUCGAAAUAUGACACAUGCUAUUAAUUUACAAUCAGAUUAUUCAUCAAAAUUAAGCAAUAUUGAAAUAUUAAAAGAUUUAAAUGAUAAUCGUCUUCAACAAUCCGAUGUUAUUUGUACUUGUACAGCAAGUGAAGAAGCUUUAAUAGGUCUUAAACAAGUGAAAAAAGGCGUACAUAUUAAUGCUGUUGGUUCAUUUCGUGAAACAAUGCGUGAAUUAGCUGAUGAUCUUAUGUUAUCAUCAGAUACACAAAUUAUUGUUGAUAGUAAAGAAAGUGCAAUGAAAGAAGCCGGUGAAAUAAUUCAAUCAAAAGCUAAAAUAAUGGCUGAAUUAGGUGAAUUAAUUCAUAAUGAUGAAUUUUCUAAUGAUACAUGCAAUGAAAAAAUAACAAUUUUUAAAUCAGUUGGUAUUGCUGUUGAAGAUCUUGCAGCAGCAAUUGUUCUUUAUGAAUCAUUAAAGAAAUGA